GAGAAGGGGAGGCAGUGGCUGCCUAUUUACAUCUGUUCAUCAGAUUUCAGCGUAGUAUCACAACAGAGGCUGGGAUCACACAUCUGGGCUAUUUCCCUACGAGCAGCUGGGAUUAAAUGAUAACACUGCACCAAUAUUAGGGAAUAUAAAUACUUUCUAUGAGAAAAUGACAGAUUUGAUUUUUGCUACCAUGUGAAAUUUCAUUGAGGACCUUUUAUCUGAAAUCCUUGGGAUUACUGUAACUUGUUUGUUGAUUCUAUAUAUUUCUUACAUUGACUGGAAGGAAUUUAUCUGAAGAGUGCUGAUUGGUUUAGAGGGGGAAAAGAAAAGAAAAUAUACACAGGAGGAGUGUGCAAGGGGAAUGCAAAGAAGAAAGACGGACCUGUGUGGGAAAAUACAUGUAAGUCCGUCAGGGAAACUGAUCUGGAAUGAAGAUAAUUGCAAAUACUAUGACGGUGUGUGCUGUACUGUGCAAGGAGAAACAUGUUGAGGAAGAGGUGCAGAUCCCUGCUGUGCCAGCUGCAGAUAAUGGUGCUAGUGCUGGCAUUAGUUUUGCUGCUAGUCAUGGUGGCUAUGUUAGAACCAGAAGUCCAGAGUGAGGACAGCUCCAACUAUCUACAUCAGCAUCAUGGUGAUGGGAAAGGAUGGGCAGGUGUGAGCUCACCGAUGGAGCAGGCUGAGGAAGCAAAUCAGUAUAAGGUGGAGAUCUUGUCCCCACUGUCCUCUCUCAGGGAUGAGGAACUGCUUGCCAUUGGGAUGUCGGGACGCAGGAGACACCUAGACAAGAUGAGGAAAAACAUGUACAGGAUAGUGAAACAACCUAAGAGGAAGAAUGAAGAUAAUAUAGCUACCCCGAUUGGACACAUUGAGCAGACAAUGGGCACACGUGGAUUUAAUGUGGCUGGCAACCAGAAAAUUCCCUUACACAGAGCAAUACCUGAGGGUCGACAUGCACUAUGUCUGCAGCAAAUUUAUAAUGAGAAUUUUCCUACAACCAGUGUUAUUAUCUCCUUCCACAAUGAAGCUUGGUCUACGCUCCUGAGAACUGUGCACAGUGUACUAGACAACUCUCCAAAAAAGAUCCUGAAGGAAAUUAUUCUUGUGGAUGAUCUAAGUCACCAAGGUCACCUUAAGUCAGCCCUAAGUGAAUAUGUUUCUAGAAUUGCUGGAGUAAAGCUAAUAAGAAGCAACAAGAGACUCGGCGUCAUUGGAGGACGUAUGCUUGGGGCAGCCAGAGCAACAGGGGAGAUUCUGGUCUUCAUGGAACCACACUGUGAGUGCCACCCAGGCUGGCUGGAGCCUCUGCUGAGCAGAAUAAUGGAUAACCGAAAUCGCAUCGUAUCCCCUGUCUUAGAUGUCAUUGACUGGAAAACAUUUGACUAUUACCACACUGCUGAACUGAGACGAGGAGUAUUUGAUUGGAAACUCGAUUUUCACUGGGUUACUCUACCAGAAAGGGAAGAGAAGGUACGCCAAUCUCCCAUCAUUCCAUACAGAUCCCCAGCAAUACCUGCAUAUGUUAUAGCAGUCAAUCGUCACUACUUCCAAAACAUUGGAGCAUUUGACACAGGCAUGAACUACUCAGGAGUUGAAAACAUAGAACUUUCUAUUCGGAUUUGGCUCUGUGGUGGAUCAGUAGAAAUUGUUCCAUGUUCACGUGUUGGUCACCUGCUUCACAAUUAUACUACACUUCAGAAUAAUGCCAUUCUAAGAAACAAAAUUCGGAUAGCCGAGGUAUGGUUGGACUCAUACAAAAACAUCUUCUAUAAUAACAUUGGAAAGGAGUUACUAAGUAACCUGAUUGAGGCAGCCGAUGUUACUGAGCGUGAGCAACUGCGGCUUACACUUGGCUGCAAAGGAUUCCAGUGGUUUUUAGCCAAUAUUUAUCCUGAGAUCUUCACUUCGUUUUCAGCCCUGGAGUCAUCAGGACAACUUUUCAAUUCUGAUGCUGGACAUUGUGUACAAUGCACAUAUAAUAAAAUAAUUCAGAUGGUUGAGCUUUCCAAUUGUAGUGAUCAACUGAAUCAGCAAUUUGUUUAUCACAAUAGGAAGAUUCAAUCAAAAGUAACAGAAUCCCUAUGUCUUGAUGUAAAACAUGAACAGAUAGCUCUCCGAAACUGCACUCUCUAUGAUGUCUCCACAUGGGAUUUUAGUGGGGUGGGAUCGAUCUUACAUCUUUCUACAGGCAAAUGCAUGGAACCUGGGACCACACAGAAUGGAAACACAUUUUUGUUUUUAAAACCAUGUAAUAAUAGUCAGAGAAGCCAGAUGUGGAAAAUGAUACCAAUGUGAGGCAGCCAAGCAGCCCCAAAUUUAUGCUACUCAAAUAUUACACACUAUUUGAUUUGAAGAUUAGUGAUAUUUAUUUAAUUUGAGAAGCUCAAGUCUUUGGAUCUACAAUGGCACCAUGCAGCACCAAUAGAAAUGUAAUGGUACCCUUGGAUCCAUGCCAUGCCUUUCUCCAAAUGGAAACUAAGCUGUCCUUGCAUAUUAAUAGUGAAGGUUGUAAAUAUACUAAAAUGAGAAUGUACAUUUAAAAAUUAAACUAUUUUAGAUUCAGACAUUUUAACAAAAUAGUUGCACUGUGUAAAUUGUGUUUUAUACUUAUUGUAAUGUAAAUAGAAGCUUUUUUUAUGUAAUGUGUUAGAUCUCUUGGCACAAAAAGGGUGUGAUAGGAUAGUAGAGAUCUCUAUACAGGGGAGCAUAUGAAAACUGACUAUAAAACGAUGUGAAAUAGCAUCAGUUCACCGAUGGUUGCUAAAAUAUAUCAGCAUUUAUGAAAUGUAAAGUCUAAGCUCUAAAUAUGCGUGUGUACAAAAAAUAAUUUGGUAAUAAGCUUCCUACAUUGCCUCCAUGGUCUGUUCUUCUCCAAGCUGUUCUUGUAUAUUAAUAGUGGAGGUUGUAAAUAUAAUGAAAAUAGACUGUUAAUGUAAUACUGAAAACUUUUGGAAGUAAGAAUAAUAUGUCAAUUGUAUAAUAAUUGUUAUAAAUGUAAAAAAGAUUUCUUUUUUAGAGCAGUCAACAUAAAUAAAUAAAUAACUGGC